AUGAAAAGCAAACUAAAUCAAAUUGAAAAUGUUAUUCAUUUUAGUUUAUGGAUAUUAGCUUGUUUUUAUUCCCUAUACCGAUUACUUCGAGCUCAGACAGAAAUACUGGAGACUAGCCCUGGUCUGCGUUAUGAAUUGGGAGACUUUAUAAUACCUGGGUGGCGAUUCUUGUCCAGACCGAAAGAUGAUGCUGAUGUUGAAUGGAGCACGUGGAAGUACCACAUACAUACCCUAUGGCUUUAUAUGCUAUUUCAAUUUUUCAUAUCUGAGACCAUACGAAAAUUUAAUAUUAAUUUAUUGAAAUAUUGGUACAUUCUGUCUAGUAUAAUUUUUAUAGCAAGUUAUAUGGGUGUCAGACAGUUGAUAGUAAUUUUUAUUCAACCUGUGAUAUUCUCAGCGAUUGUUUUUCUGGAGGUGGAAAAAUUAGUAUAUGGUUGAUAAGUAUUUUACUGUUGGCUUUGUACAAUUCUUUGAAAUAUAAAUAUUACUUUUGGCAUUUCUUGGAUACUGAACAUUUAAAAGAUGAAGAAGUGUUUUUAAUUUUAUAUGGUAUAGCCUGGGUUGAAUUGAGAUGCAUUAGUUAUUGCCUUGAUUAUUUAGAGAGAAAAGAGAAACCUUCACAAGCCCAAGCCCAAGAAAAAGAAAAAUUAAAACAAGCAUCAGUAUUCGAAGAAUUAAUAAACAUGUUUAGUUAUACCUUGUACCUGCCAUUGUUAUUUGUUGGACCAUUAAUACUGUAUGAAGAAUUUGAAAAAAGUUUCCUUCCGAGAAGUGAAAAGCUGACAAUGAGGCUAAAAUGUUUUAUUCUGGAAAUGUUGCGUUUCCAGAUUUAUACUAUUCUAUUGGAGCUAGCAUUUCAUUUUAUAUAUUUUUUUGCAAUGCAAAGUCAAAUUGAGGCUAUACGUAACAUGCCAUCAUUAGCACUCUGUGGUGGAGGACUAUGGAUGGGUCUGGAGUUUCACAUGAAAUAUGUUAUAUCUUAUGGAACUACAGCUGCAUAUUCCAGGCUGGACCAUAUUGACCCUCCACCUACUCCAAGAUGUAUUGUCAGAAUACAUGUUUACUCUCAAAUGUGGAGAUACUUUGAUGUGGGUCUAUACAGGUUUUUAUUAAAGUACAUUUAUAAACCGGUUUUUACCACAAUGUCAAAUAAUUUCACAAGGCUCAAAAUCACAAACAAAUUAUUUUCUUCUUUAAUUACAUUUAUGUUUAUUUUUAUGUGGCAUGGCACCAUGUGGAAUAUACUUGUAUGGUCAGUUUUAAAUUAUGUAGGGAUUGUUAUAGAAUAUGCUGCUAAAGCAGCCUCGAAAACUGCAAGAUAUAAAAUAUUUAAAGAAAAAUAUCUUAGAACAGAUGCAAUGGAGGUGCGAUUUACUGCAUUUUUGUGUGCACCUCUGUUAGGUAUGUCUGCUAUAUCAAACUUCUAUUUAUUUGCUGGUAGUGAAGUUGGUAAUCUGUACAUUGAAUUACUUAAAUGGCCUUCACUGUGUAAUGCUAUGUUAGUCUAUACAUCUUUAUAUUGCUGUUGUCAUGUUGCUAUUGCGUUGAGUGACGUUCCUUCUAGAACUGAUGUAAAAAGAAAAUAG